GAGAGGAGCGGAGCGGAGAGGAACAGGGCAGUGUCUCUCGAGCGCCGGAGAAGGCGGCCAGACGUGCUGCGGUUUCUUUCUCGAACACCGGGAGAGACGAAAUGUAUUCGGGCAGUAAUAACGACAAGCCAGGCGCUCCCAAAGCACAGGAGAGCAGCAUCAGUGUCAUCGAUAAGGAAGCAGAGCUGCGCAUCGUCCUCGUCGGCAAGGCCGGGGCGGGCAAAAGCGCCGCCGGGAACACGCUCCUGGGCGACCGGAGGUUCGAGUCCAGGCUCUCCGCCCAAAAGCCCGUGACCCGGACCUGCAGGCGGGAGGAGCGCGCGGCGCCGUGGGAGGGGAAGCGAGUCGCGGUCAUCGACACGCCCGCCCUGCUCGAGGACCGCGUCGCAGAGACGUGGAGGUCCGCGGAGAUCCGGAGGUGCUUCGAGCUGUGCCGCCCGGGCCCCCACGCGCUGGUGUUCGUGCUGCAGGCGGGCCGCUUCACCGAGGAAGACCAGGCGGCCGUGCAGAGGGUGGGGGAGGCCUUCGGCCCAGAUGCCCCCCGCUACAUGGUGCUGCUCUUCACCCGCGCGGAGGACAUGGACGCGGGGUGCCCGCAGGAAUACGUCCGCUCCUCAGGCAACGAAGCUCUCCAGGACCUGGUUGGGAAGUGCCAGAACCGCUGCUGUGCGUUCGACAACAGGGCAGUGGGAGGGAAAGGCGCCCCCCAGGCUGAGGGGCUUCUGCGUGUGAUUGAGCAGAUGGUGCGGGAGAAUCAGGACAAGCCGUACCUCAAGGAGCCUCCCCGAGGGGGAUCCGAUGAAGCCCAGAUGGACACAGAAGACUCGCCAGAGCCCGGAAACAUCCGCCACAUCCGUGAGGAUUCGGACAUACUCAUUGUGCUCGUUGGGAAGACCGGAGGAGGGAAAAGUGCCACGGGCAACACCAUUCUGGGCGAAAAGAAGUUCGAGUCGAAACUCUCCCAAAUUCCGGUGACCCAAACCUGCCAGAGAGAAGCCCGGGUGGAGCCGUGGAAGGGGAAGCGGCUGGCUGUGCUCGACACCCCGGCCAUCUUCGACGCCAGCACGGCACCUCAGCAUGCCCGGGAGGCGGAGAAGUGCCGCUCCCUGCUGGGGGGCGGCCGCCACGUGCUGGUGUUUGUCACGCAGGUGGGCCGAUUCACCAGGGAAGACCAGGUGGCCGUGCAGGGGGUGGAGAAGCUCUUCGGCCAGGAAGCCGCCAAGAAGAUGGUCGUCCUGUUCACGCGCAAGGAGGACCUCGACGCGGACAGCCUGCUGGGGCACGUGGAGCGGUCGGGCAACCAAGCCCUCCAGGAGCUCGCCCGGAAGUGCGGGGGCCGCUGCUGCGCGUUCAACAACAGGGCGACGGGCAAGGAGAGCGCCGCGCAGGUGGAGGAGCUGCUCUCCGUGGUGGAGCAGGUGGUGCGGGAGCAGCUGCCUCUGGGGAAGCCCCCGGAGGAAGCAGCAGCCGGAGAGCCGCAGGAAGACAGGCUGCGAGAAAGGGGGCCCGGAGGAAGCGGGCAGAAGGGUCCGGAGGGCGCGGAGAGCCCCGAGGAAGGAGGGGGGCCGGACCCUGACGCGCUUCCAAGGAAGAUGCAAAAGAUGGGGGUCGAGGGGGGGCCGAGGGAGACCUCCCUGUGAACGGAGCGGCCAUGG